AGCGGCUGGGCCAGCGCCGGCCGAGGGCCGGGAGCCAAGGGUCUGAGCCCGCGGCGGGGGGCGGGCCCCGCCGAGCCUAUUAAAGCGCGGCGGCUGGGGCCGAGCGCGGGACGAUGGAGCGCGACGGCUGCGCGGGUGCCGGGAGCCGCGGCGACACCGGGCGGGGAGCCCGGGCCGGCCCGGCGGGGAACGGCCGCGAGCCCGAGCCGCCGGCCUCCACGUCCCUGCUGGCGCCCAUGGACCUGGGGGAGGAGCCGCUGGAGAAGGCGGCGCGAGGCCGCGAGGCUAAGGACCCCAACACCUACAAAGUGCUGUCCCUGGUUUUAUCAGUAUGUGUGUUAACAACAAUCCUUGGUUGUAUAUUUGGGUUGAAGCCAAGCUGUGCCAAAGAUGUAAGAAGCUGUAAAGGCCGCUGCUUUGAGAGGACAUUUGGGACCUGCCGCUGCGACGCCAACUGUGUCAACCUCGGAAACUGCUGUCUAGAUUUCCAGGAGAUGUGUUUGGACCCUGAACAUAUAUGGACUUGCAACAAAUUCAGGUGUGGUGAGAAAAGGUUAUCCAGAAACUUGUGUUCCUGUUCAGAUGACUGCAAGGCCCACAAUGACUGCUGCAUCAACUACAGUUCUGUGUGUCAAGAUACGAAAAGUUGGGUGGAAGAAACUUGUGAGAGCAUUAAUGCACCAGAGUGUCCGGAAGGGUUUGACUCCCCUCCUACCCUCUUAUUUUCUUUGGAUGGAUUCAGGGCUGAGUAUUUACACACUUGGGGUGGACUUCUUCCUGUUAUUAGCAAACUAAAAAACUGUGGAACAUAUACGAAGAACAUGAGACCCGUAUAUCCUACCAAAACUUUUCCCAAUCAUUACAGCAUUGUCACAGGACUGUAUCCAGAAUCCCAUGGCAUAAUCGACAAUAAGAUGUAUGACCCCAAGAUGAACGCUUCCUUUACCCUUAAAAGUAAAGAGAAAUUCAAUCCUGCGUGGUACAAAGGAGAGCCAAUAUGGGUCACGGGGAAUUAUCAGCAGAUCAAGUCUGGCACAUAUUUCUGGCCAGGAUCAGAUGUAGAAAUUAAUGGAAUUCUUCCAAAUAUCUACAAAGUAUAUAAUGGUUCAGUUCCAUUUGAAGAAAGAAUUGUAAGUAUUCUUCAAUGGCUAAAACUUCCUAGUGAUGAAAGACCACAAUUUUACACUCUGUAUUUAGAAGAACCAGAUUCCUCAGGGCAUUCACAUGGACCAGUCAGCAGUGAGGUCAUCAAAGCCUUGCAGAGGGUUGAUAACAUGGUUGGCAUGCUGAUGAAUGGCCUGAAGGACCUGAGCCUAGAUAAAUGCCUGAACCUCAUCCUUAUUUCAGAUCAUGGCAUGGAACAAGGCAGCUGUAAGAAGUAUGUGUACCUGAAUAAAUAUUUGGGGGAUGUUAAUAAUGUUAAAGUUGUCUAUGGACCUGCUGCUCGAUUGAGACCCUCUGAUGUUCCAGACAAAUACUAUUCGUUUAAUUAUGAAAACCUUGCAAGAAAUCUUUCUGUGAGUAUCUUUGCUUUUCCAUUAUUUAGUUACUGCUAUUUUUUAAAUAUACAUUUAGAUAAAAGGAGUCCAUCAGAAAGGAAAUAUUGUGGAAGUGGAUUUCAUGGCUCUGACAAUCUGUUUUCAAAUAUGCAAGCUCUCUUUAUUGGCUAUGGACCUGCAUUCAAGCAUGGCAUUGAGGUUGACUCCUUUGAAAACAUUGAAGUCUAUAACUUAAUGUGUGAUUUAUUGGGUUUGACCCCGGCUCCUAAUAACGGGAGUCAUGGAAGCCUUAAUCACCUUCUAAAGGAGCCUGUCCACAUCCCACAUCAUCCCAAAGAAGAGCAUUCCCUGGCACCAUGUGCCAUCAAAGCAGUAUCCAGCAGUAACUUUGAUUGUACAUGUGACCCCUGGAUUGUGCCAAUCGUGGACUUUGAGACACAGUUUAAUCUGACCAUGAAAACUGUAAAGAGUAUUGGCUAUAGUACUAUGCCCUAUGGAAGGCCCAGAAUUCUCCAGGAGAAACACAGCAUCUGUCUUCUUUACCACCAACAGUUUGUGAGUGGGUACAGCCAGGACCUCCUUAUGCCCCUCUGGACAUCCUACACCGUAUUCAGAAAUGACAAUUUCUCUACAGAUGAUUUUUCCAACUGUCUCUACCAGGACCUUCGGAUUUCUUUUAGUCCUAUCCAUAAAUGCUCCUUUUAUAAGAAUAAUGCUAAAGUGAGUUAUGGGUUCCUCGCCCCACCAACACUAAGUAAAAAUUCAAGUCAAAUAUAUUCUGAAGCUUUACUUACUUCUAAUAUAGUGCCGAUGUAUCAAAGUUUUCAAGUUGUAUGGAAGUACUUUCAUAAUACCAUACUGCAAAGGUAUGCCAAAGAGAGGAAUGGAAUUAAUGUUGUCAGUGGUCCUGUGUUUGACUUUGAUUAUGAUGGAUCUUAUGAUUCCUUAGAGGUCCUGAGAAAAAACAUCAAAGUCAUACGGAAUCAAGAAACUGUGAUUCCAACUCACUUCUUCAUUGUGCUCACCAGUUGCAAACAACCGUCUCAGAAUCCCUUGCAGUGUACAAGCUUAAAUUCCGUAGCUUUCAUCUUGCCACACAGGCCUGAUAACAGCGAGAGCUGUACACAUGGGAGGCGGGAAUCUUCAUGGAUUGAAGAGCUAUUGAAGUUGCACCGAGCCCGGGUCAAGGAUGUUGAACUCAUCACUGGACUCAGCUUCUAUCACCAAAGAGAAGAGCCAGUUUCAGACAUUUUAAAACUGAAAACAUAUUUGCCAAUUUUUAGUGAAGAAGACUGAUUUUUUUAAUUAAAGAACGCACCAUAAAUCUUUUUGAGAGAAUCUUAUAUUUUAUAUAAUUCUUUAUCCAAACUAUUGCAUUGUUUGGAAGCUGUCAAGCCGCGUUAAAACUGGGAAUCAUGUGUGAUGCUGGCAUCUCAGGGAAGCAUGAGGAUUCCGCACAGGAGCAGGAGGGUGUUCCUGUCAUGUCUCAUGCAGAUUUGCUGUGUAAGAAUUAGAUGCGUUGUGCACACACUGGGAUCAAAGACAGAUCACACCCAGAAGUGCUCUUCAGUUUCUUAAGGAGAAGUGGCUAUGAACAUGGUCUGGGCACCAGAUGUUGGAACUGUUUUAUUGACAUUGGCAAAUACUAACAAGAUUGGAUAGUCCAUGUUACAUUCAAAAUUUAUAAAUGGUUCUGGAAUCCGUUAAACUUGGAGUUUCAAUUUUUUUCAGUUUUAAUAAAAAAUAUUUUGAGAUCCUA